AUUGUGCGCAGUGCCCUCGUGGCCUUCACGGCCUUAUUAUUCCUGUCUGCUUCUCCACUAGGUUUUGACUGUAUCAGCGAGCGUUGCGCGGUGAUGCUUGUUGCAUUCGCCACCUGGGCGCUUGGCGCAGGAUUCCGGAGGUACUAUGAGGACCGACAAUUGACUACAGAUUGCUGCAUCUUUGGAGUCGUUGCAGCAUGGCUUUCAAGAGAGCAGUUGGCAGAUUUUCUGCACAAGAGCUGGGAUGCAUCUGGCGCGACUGUGGGGUCUUCAAUGGUGGUCUUUGCUCUCAUCACAGGCCCACUUGCCGUUCUAGGAUUACAAUCUCGACACAGAUCGAACAACGACCGAGACGUACUCGAAAUCGCGAAGAAUAUCAGCAAAUGGACGCUCCAGUAUCCCAAGGCCAAGAUCUUCCCGUGUGAAACGAAACAUGCGCGCAUGUUUCCGAAACGCCACGCCUUCGAAUACUCUUAUCUCCAAUGCGGAUUUCCAAUCAUACCUGGCGGUAUAGAUGGUGACGGUCACGAUGUUGCGACUGGAGCAGAUGAAGAGCUAGGUAGCUGGUGGUUGCGCAUCCGUGCCGUCGACUAUCUCAGUCGAGGCAAUGGCAAGGCUGGCUUCUAUGGAAAAUUGCAGACGUUCAUGAGGAACCAGAACGUCGACGAUGAUGAUUGGUCGUACGCUUACCUGGUCACUGCCCCUCGCUUUUUGGGAUACUCUUUCAAUCCCGUGUCGUUCUGGUAUAUUUACGAUCGGGAGUACCAGCUCAAGAAUAUGAUACUCGAGGUCAAUAACACAUUCGGCGAGCGUAGGACAUACCUCCUGAACGGCACCAGUCCUUCAACUCCACCACAGACUCCAGACUCCACCCGUGAAGCGGAGACCGCAUCAGAAAUGCCCAUUGGAGCUAAGCCCUGGUUCACUGAUCUUUGGAUGAAGGACUUCCAUGUUUCGCCGUUCAACUCGCGGAAGGGUUCGUACGUACUCAAAGCCCAGAACCCAUUCCCUUACGCCGGAUACGACAGGCCGAUGAUCGACAACACGAUUACCUUGAAGUCAUCAAAAGACCAUGCGAAGGUUGUGGCUCACCUCAACAGUGUUGGAACGCCAGUCGAUCCGGACGACCUUGGGUUCUUAGGUGCAGCGUGGUUCAUAUUGAGAUGGUGGUGGGUAGGUCUCGUCACGUUCCCACGUAUCGUGAAGGAAGCGGGCAGUCUUUUCUAUAAGCGAAGUCUGCAUGUGUGGUUCCGUCCAGAAGUCCUCACGCCUAGCUUAGGUCGGCUUCCAACUUCGCAAGAAGUCGCGAUCCAGCAGGUGUUCUGUGACUACUUGACUCACCUCGUCAACUCAGCUCGAGACGACUUUCGGAUCAUACUGCACACCACAAUACCCGAGAUUCCGACGCAGAACAUUGAGUGUACUCGGCCCCCGAGAGGAGGCGCUGUCAAAGAGCUCGAGAUCCGUGUUCUCACGCCCGCAUUCUAUUCCCGAUUCGUUCACUACGCCUACACGUCAGAAGCAUUCGACCGUGAGUGCAUCUUCACCGACGAGAAGAACCGAACAUGUUGGAUCUCACGUUCUGAGCUGCUGGCGCAAAUACUUACGCAAUCUGCUUCUACACCUUCGCGAAGCACAGUUCGAAGAGGGCGCCUGAAUGAAGCAAAGUGGUUGCUUUUGAAGAAGUUACGAUGUGCGCCGGCCGAGCCUGCAUACAACGCAACUCCAAAAAGCCCUGAGUUUCGUUUAGAACAUAUCCGUGCUACGAAGCACUCGGAGAUGGACAGCUUCGUCAAGAAUCAGCGACCAGAGUACGCUGGCGACUUCCGAAGAACAGUCACCAAGCUGUUCCUGGCUCAGAGGUUCUGCUUGGGCUUCCCCCAAGUCAUUACUUUAAUGGACUGGGCUCUUAGAAUCUCACUAUGCUACUUUGCAGCAACACAGGUGUCAAACCCAAAUAGCUCUGGUCGGAAUGUCUUCCUUGAAGACGACUGGUGGCCGUUGUCAGGAAGUAUUGCGGCAGCCACUGCGUGCCACGCAUAUGGACUGCUGAAGGGCUAUUGUUAGUGUAAAUUACAGUUGCAAUAGUAUACACCA